AUGCCAAAUAUCCUAAUUCUUUAUUUCAUUUCAGAUAAAUAUUUUAACAAAACUAUUAGAACAUCCCAAUUAUCUAUUAUCUAUCCAUAUCUAUUUGUCCCAAUCUAUCUAUCUAUCUAUCUUUCUAUCUAUCAACUCUAUCCAUUUAUCUAUCAUUUCUCAUUCUUUCAUUUCAUCUAUCUAUCUAUCUAUUCAUUCUAUCUAUCUAAACAUGUUCAUUAUCUCAUCUAUUCAUUAAUUCUAUCUAUCUAUCUAUUAUCUAUCUAUUCAUCUAUCUAUCUAUCGUCUUCUAUUUAUCUAUCAUCUAUCAUUCAUCUAUUCAUCUAUCUAUCCGAUAGUUUUAGUAGUAAAUAUGUACGUUACACUCAAUAUAGCAGUUAUGUCUGUAGUAGUGUCUCCACUCUGAAACCAUAUCUAUCUAUCUAUCUAUCUAUCUAUCUCUCACUCUCUCACUCACUCACUCUCUCUCUCUCUCUCUAUAUAUAUAUAUAUAUACGCACAGACAGAGGGUGCGAUGAAUAA